GGCGGCGGUGGCGGUGACGAGCGGUGACGCCUCAAUGGUUGCCUGGACGCCGCGCAGGGAUUCGGAGCGCACGGGCGGGGCGUCGCACCUCUCUUCGCGUACCUCUGCUCGGGAGCAGGGCUGCGACUGCGCCUAGGGCGGCCGUCCGGGCCGAGAACCAUGAGCCCCGGGGGCGCGGGCUGCUCCGCCGGGCUGCUGCUGACGGUUGGCUGGCUGCUCCUGGCGGGCCUCCAGUGCGCGUGCGGAACCAACGUCACGGCCCUCCAGGAUCCCGGCCUGGCCCACGAGAGCGAGAGCGAGGGCGACAACGACGAGGAGGCCGAGAAUGACACUGAGGUGGCGGAGAACGAGGCCCCGGCCGAGGCCGCCGAGGAGGAGGAUGCUUCGAAUAAGACAAUAGUCAAAGAAGUAGAAUUUGGAAUGUGCACCGUUACCUGUGGUGUUGGUAUUAGAGAAGUAAUAUUAACAAACGGAUGCCCAGGAGGAGAGUCCAAAUGCAUUGUUCGGGUAGAAGAAUGCCGUGGACCAGUAGACUGCGGCUGGGGUAAACCAAUUUCAGAAAGUCUUGAAAGUGUUAGAUUGGCAUGUGUUCAUAUAUCUCCUACAAAUCGUUUCAAAUAUAUGUGGAAAGUUCUAAGGCCAGACCAACAACCUAUUGUGCUUGCAAAUGAUUCAGCAAUCCUGGAAGUACACAGGGAAAUGCACCCCUUGGCUUUCGAGUGUGACACGCUGGAUAAUAGUGAACUAGUAGCAUCUAUUAGAUUCACAAUCUACACAACAAAUGAAUUACAGAUGAGAAGAUCAAGUCGACCUGACACGGAUGCAGUCCUAGUUUUUGUGCUGACCACAGGAGUUAUUAUCUGUAUAUUUGUGAUCUUUGUAUUGAUCUUCAUAAUUAUUAAUUGGGCAGCAGUGAAAGCUUUCUGGGGGGCGAAAGCCUCUAUGACCGAAAUACAUUCUGAGAUGAGUUCUAUGAGAUAUAAAGAUUCAACUUCUCUUGACCAGUCACCAGCAGAAAUACCCGGACAUGAAGAAGAUGCUUUAAGUGAAUGGAAUGAAUGAUGUAUGGAUGGUAUAUGAAAAAAAAAACAAAGGAUAUUAGAGAAUAUCAGAUUCACUAUUAUAAAAAUAAAAUAU